ACUAGAGACCUCUGAACCAGAUUCAUGGAUGUGGGCGCUGUACCUUCAGCUGAAGCCUGCAUACGCCACAGGUCCAGCCCUUCGCGAUAAAGCCGCGAUUGGCUUCAAGCUGCAGCAACAACACCAAAGACUAGCCCCCAUGGACACUGGUAUAGCGAUAGCUCAGCCCGGAACCACUUCACGCGAACGACCUCUGAAAGAUAGAAUAUCAGCCCAUCUUUUCUCUUUUAGAAUGCCUCUCCCUCGACCAGCCCCUCCCCAAACAGCCACCAUCCAGUACGACCUAAAGAAAGAAACGCAACAUGGAGGCCCUACAGGAAGAUUUGAUCUCCUUUAUGUUCCUACGAGACGAGCAUGGCCAACUAGACGUCAUGACCUGCCUCGCCCUCUGGUUCGGCAAGUCCAACACGACCGACAUCGCCAUCAAAACCCGCUUCGGGCACCACGUCGCCGCCGCCCUCGCCGGCUCCUACGCCUCCUGGACCUCCACCGCACGCGGCUGCCUCGCCCUCAUGAUCCUCAUCGACCAGUUCCCACGAAACAUCUACCGCCACACCAUCCAGUCCUUCUCCGGCGACACCAUGGCCCGCUCAAUCGCUACCCUCCCCUUCGACUGGCUCCGCUCCCUCGCCCCCGAAGAAUGCAUCUUCGUCCCCUGCCUGAUCAUGACGCACCAAGAAGACCUCGCCUCCCAGCGCGCUGGCGUCGCCUUCUACGAGACGCUGGAGCCGCAUCUGCCACCGACACUGCACAUCUUCCGCACCAUCUUCGAAGAGCAUCUGCGGAUUAUAGAGCUCUGCGGCACCUUCCCCCACCGCGACCACUACUACAACCGCGCCACGACCCCGCUCGGCAAACAGCUCAUGGAGAACCCGAAGGUGCGCUUCGACCUGCCCCUCAUCGCCGAGAACGGCUGCAUGAAGUUCGGCCACGACCCGCGGAAGCUGUGGCUCGCGACGCAGCGCGCCUUCGACGCGCUCGAGCGCAUCGAGGCGCUGGCGAACGAGACGGGGCGGCGGGGGAGUGUAGCGCCGGCGAGCUGGUUAGAUGAGGCGGAGGUCGCGGAGUGCCACGAGACGUUCCGCGCGUUCGACAAGGACGGGAAUGGGUUCUUUGACCGCGCGGAGCUGGCGACUGUGCUCGCUUCGACGGGCCGGGUAUACACGCCCGAGCAGCUGCAGGUGGUCAUGGAUCGGAUCUCUGGGGUGGCGGGCACGUCGCGGAUUACGUUUGAGCAGUUCUCGGCGCUAUUUCGGGCGAAGUUGGAUAUGAGUCUGGAGGCGCGGGCGAAGAGGAGGUUUAGUUUGUUUGAUGUGGAUAAGAGUGGGGAGAUUGAUUUGGGGGAGUUGAGGGCGUGUAUUCAGAGUAUGGAUGAUUUGGUGACGGGGGCGGAGGUGGAGGAGAUGUUGAAGGCGUGUGAUGUGGAUGGGAAUGGGCAGGUUUCUUUGGAGGAGUUUGUGGCGAUGAUGCCGUUGGUGAGUGAGGUGCCGAAGGUGAAGAAGGUGGAGGUGGUGACGGAGAAGAGUGGGGGUGUUGUGGUUGAUGUGGUGGCGGUUCAGGAGCUAGGAGCAUAAGAGGGAGGGAUGGAGGGUAGUUGAGCUUUAGGAGAUAUACGUACAUACUAUGGUCACCGUUGGAUUGGUAUCUUACCUCGCUUGUUAUAUUGUCGCAAUACACGUCGUGAGGACAAGAUUAGUUAAUGCAGAUAGUUGUGUAUCCU